GAUGCUAACGGAUAAGACUAGUGACACUCUAUUAAAUUUUGGAGAGCAGACUGAUGAUAGAACAAUCGUGAAUAACAAACCGUCUUCACCGAGAACAUUUUUCGAAAGACUGUACGGUCAUUUAGAAAAAUCAAACCCCGAAACAUUGAUUCCCGAUAGUAGUUCGAAAAAUAGUAUUGAAGUAACCAGACUGAGUAAGUUUAGUCGAGCGUCGUCAGAAAGCUCAACUAGCACCAGUCGAUCAUCGCCUACUUUGGAUAUCGAAGAAACUGGAGAACGAACAUCUUAUGAUGGAAUAGUUCAUACGGAUUUGUACGAUCAACGAACAUAUGGAUAUAGUGCUCCUCAAAUGCAGAUUCCCUUUGGCCAACAAAAAAUAGCAGAUGAAGCACCGCUGGUAUCCCUAGCAAACAGUUAUGGAUCAUUUCGACCUGUUUUUGGAUUCCGGCAAGAUGCAUCACAUUUGCCAGCAGGAUUGUCAGCAUUCUUGGCUAGAAGGCGGAAAAAGGAAGGGCGACCCCGUCGCCAGAGGACCACCUUCAGUAGCGAGCAAACACUUCGACUAGAGGUGGAGUUUCAUCGCAACGAAUAUAUCUCCCGUGGACGACGAUUCGAGCUGGCUGAAAUUCUGAAAUUGUCAGAAACGCAAAUCAAAAUCUGGUUUCAAAACCGACGAGCCAAAGAUAAACGCAUCGAAAAAGCUCAAAUCGAUCAACAGUACAGGACGUUUGCCGCGGUGAACGGAUUGUUUACUCCAUUCAGUUCUCAAUAUCCCGCAGUACAUGGUCACACAAUUGCUACGACAGUUGCAGCGCACCAGAGUUUAUACGACCAAUUCAAUACAACACCUAAAUCGGGUCAAAGACAAACAAAGUGAACUACAUU